AGAAACCCUAGUUUUCUGACCAUUUCGCAUGAAGGCCAUAGAGUAGACAGUCUCAAUCUUGCCAAAACCCGUUGCUCUUCCAGUAUAGAGCGAUGAACACCGCCAGUAGAUCUGGAGGAGUUCACCGUGACAGGUUUAGCCAUCUCCCAGACUUCAUCAUUCAUCAGAUCCUUUCAUUUCUCGACACCAAAUCGGCCGUUCAAACCUGUGUGUUGUCCCGGGUGUGGCGAUGUGCUUGGAAACAUAUCCCUGUCCUCGACCUCCAUAGCGAUUCGUUCCAAGAUUACGACGCUUUCCAAAGGUAUGUCGAUGGGGUUUUGUCCCUCCGCUGCCCUCUUAGCGUCCACAAGAUGGUUUUCGUGUCGAAAAGGCAGGACUACGACGAUUCGGAACCUGAACUAGACGAUGGGCAGUUUGCCAGGGUGAUUGAGUAUGUCUUGCGCCAUGAUAUCAAACAUUUGUCUUUCUAUCUGGAGCAUUGUUUGUAUCCGGACAACUAUUUUAGAUUCUCGAAUGUGUUUGGCAGCAGCUCAACUGCAAGGAACUGCAACCUGAGAACUCUAGAGCUAGGCGAUUUCGCCCUCCAGAGCGGAUUUCUAUCUUUUGGUUUUCGGAUGCUGACCACAUUGCAAUUGGAAUCAUGCGAUCUGCGCUUUAAUUGGGAGGAGGACAUCGAUCCGUUCUCUAACUUCCCCUGUCUCCAGAAUUUGGUCAUGAAACAUAUCAGCACCGACCUUGCUUACCGCGGCAUGUGGGAAACGAGCUUCAAGAUUUCUGGGAUGGAAUUGCUCAACCUGACGCUUGAAAAUGUGGGGUUCUUUAAGCUCGAAGUAUUUGCCCCGAAACUCAAGUUCUUCCGUUUCUGGGAAGAUGAAACAGAAGAAGGAUACGUCGAGGUGCUAGAGUUAAGUCUCCCUUCCCUUGAUCAUGCUGAUAUUUUCGCCUUUCCUGAGGAACAGGUGGAGCAGUAUAUGAUCACCUUGUUCCAAGGUCUGCACAAUGUAAAAACUCUGACGCUUCAUUCCGAGACCAUCAAGGUACUGAAUGGUUUGGAUGAGUUCCUGGACAGGCAACCAUCUCCCUUUACAAGAUUGGAGCGUUUGAAGCUGCGGUGGAACGACAUGCAGGACAAAGUGUCGAAUUACUUUCUUAAAGGAUCUGAUGCGAAACCGAUUGUGGAGUUUGUGCCGAGGUCCGAGGAUAAAGCAAAAUUGUGCCGGACCAUUUUGGUAUCUUUGUCCUUGAUGAAGUAUACCAAUUUACCUCGUUAUUGUUAGACAGUCAUUGAGGUAGUCUCAUCAUUUCAUUCUUAUCUUCAUGUGUUCGCUGUUGUUACAUUGACCCC